UUCUUGCAGAUAUUACAAAGUGGACUGCUUUGCAAAGGAUGAAGACAAAUAAACACCAGCCAACACAACCAAAGGGCAUCAUAUUCUCAAAGGAAAGUGAUAAAACAACCAAUGUGAAAAUAAUGGGAGGAAAUACGUUUUAUAUUUUGUGUUCAGCCUCAGAAUGGGUGAUGUAAGUUAAACUGAGGGGCUGAGUUGUCUUUUCAGAGGAAAUAGUGGUAAUAUCACUCUGAUAACUGAAGAAAGCCAUUGAAGAGAUAGGUAUGGCAGCUGAAACUAGGUUAAGAUGGCUAUGGUUGAUAAUAGACCACAAAUGGAACACUCCUAUAGAUGAAGACUAGCUUAAUCGUCUCUGCCCAUUCAGGUGAAGCGUACGGGCGAAAUGCUUGUGACCUGCUGACCGAUACGGAAAGGUUUACAGCAUUGAAAUCGAUUUAGAAAAGUUUGCAAAACCUCUGAGUAGCUCCUGCAGUUCUUGCGAGGGAGGUAAACCCUCUCAGAUGUUUAUUUUACCUGCAGUAAUACAUAAAUAAAUAGGUGUCAAGAAUGUACAGUAUAAUCUGAGAGAAAUGUGGCUGCUGUUUCUAGCAGAUUGCGCAGGUACGCAGAGGUUCCAUUGAUAAUAUGAAGUUGUUUAGUCGCAGAAAAGCCAUGGCUGUUCAGACUUGGCUACACGGUGCUGGUCAAUCCAUAGUUGUUAACGGAAUAACUACGAAACUACGUGUAAUUAUGAAUCUCUAAGUGUCUACAUAUUUUCUUUUAUACAUUUAUGAUAAUAACAGUUUAUCCAGAUUUUCUUACUUCCGCCCAGCAUCUACCAAAAUCAUUUCCGGCGGAGAACAUUGUCUUAUGUUUGUUAAAAGAAUUUACCAAAGAAAAUACAAAGAUAAAAAGGAAAAGUGAGUUUUUAUAGUGUUUUAAAUCUACAUAAAAACAUUUUCAAGGCGGGGUUUCGGAAUAACUGUUGUUUCCCAAUGAGGAUCCUUACCGAAACUGGCAUAAAAAAAAAGUGUUUUUAUAUCUGAAGCAUUGUUAAUAUUCCCCAUCUUUUCAAGACUCAAGGAUGAUGUUAUGCAGAACAAAUAUAACCAUGUUUAUAUAAAGUCUUGUGAAUUAUGGAGAAAGGUUUCUUCUGGGUGAGAUUAUUUGCAACAUUUGUGUAAUUCACUGUCUGGAAUGAGUACAAAAUACUUUUGCAUUGUGUAAAGAUAAAUCUAUAAAGGAUUUUGCAGAGUCGAUGGACCUACAGCAGAAGGAAUAUUUGUUAGCAAUAAAUUGCAGAAAGGAAAGCAAAAGGCAUAUUCAUAUGAUGUGGUGAAAGAAGGAAAAUUGUUGUUUGUUUAAAAUAUUAAUUCUUUAUCCUGAAGAGAUGGCAAAAGAUUUAGCAAAAUCUUCAUAUGAGUGUGAUAUCUGUAACAAGUCAUUCACUAAACAAUGUCAACUAACUACUCAUAUACGUAUUCAUACAGGAGAAAAACUACAUUACUGUGAUUUCUGUGGUAAAGCAUACAUUCGAAAUGAUGAGUUAACUAUUCACAAACGUAUUCAUACAGGAGAGAGGCCAUAUUACUGUGAUGUCUGUGGUAAGACUUUUUAUCGAAGUGGUGAGUUAACUAUUCAUGUACGUGUUCAUACAGGAGAGAAACCAUAUCAGUGUGAUAUCUGUGGCAAAUCCUUCACUCGUACAGAUAUUUUAACUACACACAAACGUAUUCACACAGGAGAGAAACCAUAUCAGUGUGAUAUGUGCAGUAAAUCAUUCCCCAAUAGUACUAACCUGACUGAUCACAAACGCAUUCAUACUGGAGAAAAGCCAUAUCACUGUGAUUUCUGUGGUAAAUCAUUCAAUCAAAGCAAUCAGCUAAUUAAACACAAACGUAUUCAUACAGGAGAAAAGCCUUUUCACUGUGAUGUAUGUGAUAAAUCAUUCUCUCGAAACGAUGAGUUAACUGCUCACAAAUAUGUUCAUACAGGAGAAAAACCUUAUCAAUGUGAUAUCUGUGGUAAAUCAUUCCUUCAAAAUAGUGCCUUGACUGGACACAAGCGUAUUCAUACUGGAGAAAAACGAUAUAUUUGUGAUGUUUGUGGUAAAGCAUUUCCUCGAAGUAAUAACUUAACUGCACACAAACGUAUUCAUACCAAAGAAAAACCAUUUCAUUGUGGUGUGUGUGGUAAAUCAUUUUCACACAGUAAUUCCUUAACUGAUCACACACGUAUUCAUACUGGAGAGAGACCUUAUCACUGUGAUGUCUGUGGUAAAACAUUCCCUCGAAGUAAUUCUUUGAGUGAUCACAAGCGCAUUCAUACUGGAGAAAAACCAUAUCAUUGUGAAAUUUGUGGUAAAACAUUUAUUCGGAGUAAUGAGUUAAAGGUCCAUAAACGUAUUCACACAGGAGAAACACCAUAUCAUUGUGAUGUCUGUGGUAAAUCAUUCUCUCAAAAUAAUUCCUUGACUAAUCACAAACGCAUUCAUACUGGGGAAAAACCAUAUGAUUGUGAUAUCUGUGGUAAAUCAUUCUCUAGAAAUAAUUCCUUGGCUGACCACAAACGCGUUCAUACUGGAGAAAAACCAUAUCAAUGUAAUGUCUGUGGUAAAUCAUUCUCUCAGCAUGCUGCUGUAGCCGUACAUAAACGUGUUCAUGCCAGAGAAAAGCCACAGCAUUGAUAUAUCUGUAGUAAAUUAUUCUCUUACUAUUUAAUCUGUUAACUAAACACAAAGGUAUUCAUAUGGGGCGGAAAAUUAUAUUACUGUAAUAUCUGGUAAAUUUUUGUGUCAGCCUGAUUUAGUUAUUCACAUCUGUAAGCUUACAUGAGAGAAAGAACUUCAUUCUGAUAUUUGUGACUGUGAUAGGUGAGAGACUAAAAAUAAUAAAAAGAAACAAAGUACAGUAUUUCAUCAUACUAUUAAGUUGCUGGAUAAA